AUGGAGAAUUUACAAGCCUUAUGGGGAAAUUUUAGAUUGAGUGAAGAGGAAGACACAGCUAUCACGUUGGAGAAUGAGGCGACAAGGGAGGUUCAAAGGAAGGGGGAGCUAUGUCUUAUUGGGAAAAUCUGGAUGGAUAGAUCUAUUGGCAAGAAUAUCAUUGAAGCUACUAUGGCCAAGAUUUGGACGCUGAGUAAACAAGCAAAAUUUACAGAAGUUGGAUCCAACGUUUUCAUUAUCUCUUUUGCAAAUCAUGCUGAUCGUGGUCGUGUUAUUGAGGGACGUCCGUGGUUGUUUGAUAAGCAUAUUUUUGUGAUUGAUUUAUUUGAUGGUUUUACACAGCCAAGCUCUAUGAAGUUUGAUUCGGCAGCAAUGUGGGUUCAACUCCAUAACAUGCCUUUGGUGGGAAUCAAUAAAGAAUGUGGUGAAAGGAUUGGCAGGUCGUUGGGAGAGGUAGAAUAUGUGGAUGUUGAGGAAGAUAACGUAGCAUGGGGAAGCUUCCUGAGGCUUAGAGUCAGAAUGAACUUGUUUAAACCUUUAGCAAGAGGAAGAACUACAAUGCUAAAUGGUAUGAAAUAUUGGAUUCCAAUCCAGUAUGAGAAAUUGCCUCGAUUCUGUUUUGACUGUGGGAGAAUCUUGCAUGAGGAUGGUGUUUGUGGAAUGGGGCAGAUGGUAGAAGAAUAA